GUGGUGGGAAUCCCCGCGGGCGGCAUGGGGGAAGACGGCGGCGCCACAGCCGGCGGGCGAGCGCGGAGGCUUCUGAGGACACCCAAGUGUGCGCGCUGCCGCAACCACGGCGUCAUCUCCAGCCUCAAGGGCCACAAGCGGCUGUGCCGCUGGCGCGAGUGCGCAUGCGCAUCCUGCCAGCUCGUGGUCGAGCGGCAGCGCGUCAUGGCGGCCCAGGUCGCUCUCCGCAGACAGCAGUCGAGCGAGGACAGCCCGGACGUGAGGUCUCGCCUGCAGUCAGCCGAGGCGCUGCUGGCCCAGAAGCGGCUCUACCAGAAGCACCUGCGCUCGCUCCAGCAGAACGCCAUUGCGAGAGACCUUCUACAAGGCGUGGGCCAGGCCGGCGGCCGCCACCCGCUGCUGCCCGCGGCGCUGCGCGACCGCCUCCGCAAGCGGCGCGCCUUCGCCGACCGAGCCCUGGAGGCGGCGCCGCUGCUGCUGCCGCCGCCCCCGCCGGCGCUCCUCCCGGCUCUGGCGGCGACGACGCCGACUACGCUAGCGCCGCCGCCGGCACACCGGGCCGUGACGCAGCUUCCGCUUCCGCUUCCCCUUCCGCCCCCGCGCCUGUUGCUCGCGGCGGACCUGCUGCUCCCGCCGGCCACCGUCGUCACCGCAGUGCCGCCCCCGCCUAGGCCCAAGCCCCGGCUGUCGUUCUCGGUGGAGGCCAUCAUAGGCGUCAAGUAGUGUCGACGCCCACUCUCCCGCGGACACUACAACACAGGAGUACGGACAGAAAAUGUUUCUGACAGUGUGGUUCAACUGCUCUCAUUAUUGUUGUUAUUCUUUGUAUGUAUGUAAUUUAAUGUUACCAAAUAUAAAACACG